UUUUUUGAGAUAUUUUCAGGUAUUGAUAUCGAACAUUUAUCAACUGCUGCUGCUGAAUCUGUUGAAAUCGAUGAUAUAGCACGAAGAGCAUUACAUGUUCGAAGUAUGAUACAACGAACACAAGAAUCUUUACGAGCAGUUGAUAAAUGUGAAAAACCAGUAAUAGCUGCUAUUCAUGGUUACUGUAUCGGUGCUGGUAUUGAUCUAUCAGCUUGCUGUGAUAUCCGUUAUAGUUCACGUGAUACGACAUUUUCUAUCAAGGAAGUCGACAUAGGUUUAGCAGCUGAUGUCGGUAGUCUUCAAAUUUUACCUAAAUCAAUUACCGAUCAUGGUCUCUUCCGUGAACUUGUUUUUACAUCACGAACAUUUGAUACUAACGAAGCACAACAAAUUGGACUUAUUAGCCGUGUAUUUGAUACUCGUGAAGCUUUACUCGAUGCAGCUAUAUCUUUAGCAAGUGUUAUUGCUCAUAAGAGUCCUAUAGCUGUACAAGGUUCAAAAAUCAAUUUAAAUUAUGCACGUGAUCAUACUGUAGAUGAUAAUUUUACUUUUGUGCGUACAUGGAAUAGUGCUAUGUUAUUGACUGAAGAUAUCGUGAAAAAUCUUAUGACAACAUCGGUAUCAAUUGAAAAAAGUAAACUAUGA